AUGAAUUCAUUUUCUGAGAAUAGAGAAGACACACAUGACUCGGCCACUGGCCGAGUCCUGACAGGAGCCUGGCUCUGGGACUCAGCAAUCCAACUCGCUCACUUCCUCAUAACUCGCCAACUCACCAAAACCAUCCUCGAACUCGGCGCCGAUACUGGCCUCACUGCCGCCCUCUUAAGCGCCACCGCGCGCGUCAUCCUCACCGACCUUCCUCCUCUCCUCCCCUCCAUCCGCCGCAACGCCAUGGCUAACGGCCUCGAAGCCUGCGUUGAGGUGAAGGAGCUUGACACGGCGGCGCUGGGGAAGUUUGACAUUGUGCUCAUGUCCGACGUGUUUUACGAUCCGGAGGAGAUGGAAAGUUUGGGGAGGUUUCUCCGGCGAGUUUCUGGAGAGAAUACUAGGUUUUGGGCUGCUACUAUACUGAGGUGAGUGCUUG